GCGUAAUUGCCCGGAGGCGGGUUUGGAAGGCGCUCGUGUCAGGGGCAUCAGCAGGCCUGGGUUACGAGCGCAGCUGCGAUGAACGAAGCUUCAGCUCCGCAGGCUCGCAGAUGGGUCAGGGACUCUGGAGAGUUGCUAGGAACCAGCAAUUGCAACACCAAGGAUACACUGGACAAGGCUAUCUUACCAGAGAACAUGGUAGGAGGAUAGCUGCUAACAAUGUUUCCAACACAAGCCAUCGCAAACAAGCCCAAGGAGGCAUUGACAUCUACCACCUGCUGAAGACAAGAAAAUCUAAAGAACAAGAAGGAUUUAUUAACCUGGAAAUGCUACCACCAGAGCUUAGUUUUACUAUUUUGUCAUACCUGAAUGCAACCGAUCUUUGUCUAGCUUCCUGUGUCUGGCAGGAUCUUGCUAAUGAUGAGCUUCUCUGGCAAGGGUUGUGCAAAUCCACUUGGGGUCACUGUUCUAUAUACAAUAAGAAUCCGCCUCUAGGAUUUUCUUUUAGAAAAUUGUAUAUGCAGCUAGAUGAGGGCAGUCUCACCUUUAAUGCCAACCCUGAUGAGGGAGUCAACUACUUUAUGUCCAAGGGCAUACUAGAUGAUUCACCGAAAGAAAUAGCUAAGUUUAUCUUUUGCACAAGAACACUAAAUUGGAAGAAGCUGCGAAUCUACCUUGAUGAAAGGCGAGAUGUUUUGGAUGACCUCGUGACGCUGCACAACUUCAGAAAUCAGUUCUUGCCAAAUGCACUGAGAGAGUUCUUCAGACACAUUCAUGCUCCUGAGGAGCGUGGGGAGUACCUUGAGACUCUCAUAACAAAGUUCUCUCACAGAUUCUGUGCUUGUAACCCUGAUUUGAUGAGAGAGCUUGGCCUUAGCCCUGAUGCAGUUUAUGUACUGUGUUACUCUUUGAUUCUACUUUCCAUUGAUCUAACAAGCCCUCACGUGAAGAACAAAAUGUCAAAGAGGGAAUUCAUCCGAAAUACACGACGGGCUGCACAGAAUAUUAGUGAAGAUUUUGUAGGGCACCUUUAUGACAACAUCUACCUUAUUGGCCAUGUGGCUGCCUAAAAGCACAAUUUGUUAGCACUUAAAAUUUGUAAGUUUCAAAAACUACAUCAAUUCAAGAAAUUAAUUAUUUUGUAGAGAUGGGGGUUAUUUUAGUGCUGGUCAUUCUAACCUCUGUAUGCAAUCAAAGUUUGUGUGUGUAAGUGUGUGUAUGUGUAAACUACCUUUUCUAUCUAUUUGCUGUGGGAACGGAAGGAUUUGGAGAUCUGGUUUUCAUAAUUUUUUUAGUUUUGCACAAAACAAUGCCAUUAGUCUGACAGCCAUUUACGAAUGUUAAACUGACAUUACAGUCUAAGCUGACAAAGUGGUGAAUUUGUGCAUUAGAUCUGCUUGAAACUUUAAUAAGUUCAUUCUUUUUAGAAUACCAUGUAAUGUGUAUAUAUUUAACUAAAGAGAUUUAUAAUCAUAAUUAUUUUAUUGUAAAAUAUUUUAACUAAAAUUUCUCCUUUUAUCUCUUAAAAAUAGCAUUGUACUUCUUUCUUUUGCAUUUUUUUUACAAUGCGGGCUACCUCAGGUACAUAACUUAGAGAAACAUUUGUCUGAAUACUAUCUUAAAGUUUAUUCUAGGAGAUGACAGAAUACUUGUAACAUAUCUAGGCUGACAUUUGCUACUGUACUAACUAACUUGAAUUAGCGUAUUGCCAAUCUGCUAUUCACUCAAUUUUAAAGAUUACAACCUCUGGUUUAGGUGAACCCUGAUAUCACACAGGGAUAGCCAAGGGAAACUGUGCAGUUUAUACAGAGAGAGCUAACCUAUACUGCAGACAGUAGUUACUGGGGACGUAGGACAACUGCAGUCAUCUAUUCAGCACAGUAAGCAAGGAAAAAAUUUCAACAGGGAAAAUGGUAGGGGCGGCUAACUUGUCGCUGCUUUCAACUGCUUCCUUCAGUCUGGAAGUGUCAAUGAUGGAAAUGCCUAGGCAAAUAUAUACGAGAUGACUCAUUGCUAAAGCUGUUAAAAACUGACUGUGCAAGAUUAGAGCAGUGACUGUGCAGGAUUGGAAAGCCGUUUCAGACUCAGAUACUGAAUUACUCUUUCUAAAUCUGUCAUGUAGCUAGAUUUUGUAAUAGUUCUAGAUUUAUGAAAAUACUUCAAAAAUGGUUUCGGUCAGGUUGUGUCUUACAUUUUCUGAAGUGUGUAGAGUAUUAGCAGUGCAACUGCCGUGCGUGUGCAGGCAUUGAACAAGGAUUUGCCUGGUUUUUGUUCAGAUAACUCAUAGAGCAGUGCUUUUCUUAAAUUGACAUAACAUGUAGUUGAAAUCAGAGCUGUUCCUAAUUAUGUUUGUUUACAUAAUAUUCAGCUAUUGCUAGCAUCUGGAUUCAUCAUGGUAGCAAGCAGAUUUAUCCUUUUUCCCUACCAUGCCAUGAGGUGAGGUAGGAAGAUAUUCUUAGUUCUGUUUUACAGAUUAAUCUGAUUUUUUUAUGUAGGAAGCCUAUGGCAGAACCAGGAAUUGAAUGCAGGUCAUACUCCUCAUAGGCAUGCACUUUGCCGACACUGCUGCUUUCCAUUUGGCACCUCGGAGGUGUUACAUUUGUCUUGGAUGCAAGAAGAGUGAUGACAAUGACAGUCCACAUGAGAGCUAUGUAAAUGACAGCGAGAAAAAUGUAGCUACUGCUGGUAUUUCAAGUGUUCAGUACAUUUUGGUUAUAGCUCUAGUCCACAUGCAAGAAUGCAGCCAGAAAAAUUUGUGGGUUUUUUUUUUAUUACGUUUCCUUUAAUCAAGUAUAAAUGCUAUUUGUGUUUGUGCAGCACACACAGCCAAAGCCAGGAGCCAGCAGUAUUGCAGCUAUCUUCCAGACAGGUUUUACAAUAUCACACUCCCCUCUCACUUCACCCUGUGUCAUUUCAUAUAUUUCAGAAAGCCCAAGGAUGCAUUCCACAGUGGUCAAUUAAUCUCAAACAUGAGUAAAGCAUAUGCGGUGUGCUGAGGAGCUUUGCUUAAGGCACAGGUAUUUGGUCCUGCAGGCAAAAAAAAAAAAAAGUUGGAAAACUUUUAACGUAAUCUGUAAGACCAACAAUAAAGGAUAAGUGUCUCUCUGCUCCUUAAAGUGAUCUUACAUGAAGACUGCAGAAUAUGGCUUUCUAGAAAACUCUUCAGAAGUUAUACACUUAAAAAGAAUAAUUCAGUGAAUUUUGAAAUUAUAACCAAUCUUACCAGGAAAUGUUUUCUUCUCAAACCACAAAUGCAGAGUGAGGCCUAAUUCUCUUCUGACUGGUAUCUGCAUUGCCGUUAGUGAUACUGGUUUUGAUUUUGCACCGAUAAGAGUGUACAAAUUGUUAAUCUCCAUUUCUCGUAAUUUCCAGUUACCCUCAAUUCCCAUCCUCAGACAGAUACAGAACAAAGCCUCUGGGCAGACAAGAAUGUGUGUUUUCUGGAAUAGAUGAGUACAUCUAUUAACAAGGUUUAGAAAUCUUCAAGGCUAGUGUAACAGCCAAGAAGCGAAAUUAGAAGCAGGCUGAUAUGGUUAAGGUUUCCGUAAGACACAAGUCCAGGGGAAAAGGGGAAAAAAAAAAAAAACAAACAACCAAAUCACAUGCAGAUAACAGCAUCUGAUCAUCACAGUAGGAUUUUGAAUGGUGUUAGAUGAUUAGCACCCAGCUCACGCUGUACGUUAUAUUACUAACUCAGAGUGGAACAGCAAACACAACACACCAAGCGUGAAUUCCCUUAGCGGUAACCAAGAAACAAAAAAUGACAAUAGACAUUUCUCCUGUCCUUUUUUCUUUUGAAGUGUGAGUCUCUGGCGUGGAGUAGAAGUAAUUUUUGGCAUUUUAAGAAUCUAGACUUUUCAUGAAGUUAGGCAAUUUUCUAUCUUAAAAGAAAAUAAAUCUUAAGCAGAAGUGACAAUGUUCUUACAAGUGAAAAAGAUAAAGUUUGAAUUCUCUUAGUCAUCCUCCGAAAGCCCCCUAAAAACUUUGGGCAGUGUCUUCUUCAAUGCACUAUUAGUGUUGCCACGUACAUUUUAAAAGAAAAUUAUGAUAGAUACUUCAUUGAUCCAGGUGUCACCAAAUUAUGUGACGUGGAAAUAGCUACUUGAUCGAGCACUUCAGAAGACUCAGAGGAUCCCACCCCUAGUGACGUGGGCAUGAUCAUACUCAUCACUGCAAAGUGAUUCCUCAGCUACCAUGAUUCCACCUCUGCAUGUCCUUUGAACUUUGUCCAUGUGAUAUUGCCUUCACGCAGCACUGAAGGAAGAGAUGAGCCUGCAGCCCAUCCCGCUGCAAGUGCCAGUUAUUCUGGUCCCGAAAGACACUGAAGUUGUGUUCUGAAUGGCCAUUUCUGAAAUUUUGCUAACUUUAGUAUACACAGAUGUGACAGAAUGACAACUGUUCUUUGUUCAUGCAGGGGAAAUGAGUGUACCUGUGUCCAUGUUAAGAGUCACAUAAUACAGCUCAUUUUUGCCUGUAUUGAAUUCUAAGGCUCUCAUUGCAUUUAUUCAAGGACUACAGUAUAUAUUACAUUCACAUGGUUCAGUUACAGGCAGUGUCUGAUACUCUACAUUUUCUCGAAACUCUAUUUCUGUCUUGAAUACUUUCCAUUCAUACCCUAAACAACAGAUUUAUACAGCUUUGGCUUUUUAAAAUAAAUCAAAGCUGCUUCAACAUACAAAAGCCCAAACAACUGUAAGUUAGAGACACGUUUGUCAGUUUUGAAACGUGCAAGAAAUUCGCAUUC